GCUUCCGGUGCUUCCCUUUUCUCUUUCCGGCCGGCUCAGGAGGAUGGCGUCUCGCAAAGAAGCGGUCGUUGCCGGCUCCGUGGUAGCCAAAGUCAAGAGCAAGGCGGCGCCGGGGGACUCGGCCGUUAAGCAAGUGCAGAUCGAUGGGCUGGUUGUAUUGAAGAUCAUCAAACAUUACCAAGAGGAAGGUCAGGGGAAUGAGGUGGUCCAAGGAGUGCUGCUCGGACUGGUGGUGGAUGAUAGGCUUGAAAUUACCAACUGCUUUCCAUUCCCUCAGCACACGGAGGAUGAUGCAGACUUUGAUGAAGUUCAAUACCAAAUGGAAAUGAUGCGAAGCCUUCGCCAUGUAAACAUUGAUCAUCUUCACGUUGGCUGGUACCAGUCUACAUACUAUGGCUCUUUUGUCACUCGUGCCCUCCUGGAUUCCCAGUUCAGUUACCAACACGCAAUUGAGGAGUCUGUAGUUCUCAUUUACGAUCCCAUUAAGACUGCUCAGGGGUCGCUGUCACUAAAGGCAUACAGACUGACUCCCAAACUGAUGGAAGUUUGCAAAGAGAAAGAUUUUUCCCCCGAAGCAUUGAAAAAAGCAAGCAUUGCAUAUGAGAACAUGUUUGAAGAAGUGCCAAUUGUAAUUAAGAAUUCAUACCUGAUCAAUGUGAUGCUGUGGGAGCUGGAAAAGAAAUCUGCAGUAACAGAUAGACAUGAAUUGCUUAGUCUGGCUAGUAGUAAUCAUCUGGGGAAGAGCCUGCAGUUGCUCAUGGACAGAGUGGAUGAGAUGAGCCAAGAUAUAGUUAAAUACAACACCUACCUGAGGAACGUUAGCAAACAGCAGCAGCAAAAACACCAGUACCAACAGAGACGUCAGCAAGAGAAUUUACAGCGACAGAGUCGAGGAGAGACACCUCUUCCUGAGGAGGAUAUCAACAAAAUAUUCAAGCCACUGCAGCCCCCUGCCAGGAUGGAGUCGUUGCUUAUUGCAGGUCAAAUUAAUACUUAUGCCCAGAAUAUCAAGGAGUUCACUGCGCAGAACUUGGGCAAACUCUUCAUGGCCCAAGCCCUCCAAGAGUACAGCAGCUAAAGAGGAAAAAUCUUGUAUUUGAUACAAUAUCCAACAGAAGGAGUUCCGGUUCACACUUUUUAUAGGGCUGAAGAAACUUUUCAAGCAUUGUUGGCACAUUGGAAAAAAUGUCCCAUGAAAGCUUGUGUAGAAUUGUCUCCCUCUUCUAAAGAAAAAUAAAAGUAAAUUUGAACAAA